AUGUCUGAGCAACGUCGACAGGUAGUACCCGCACAGCUGGGCUUUCUAGCCAUCUACAACCCUUCCCUUGGAACCACCGAUGAUACAUUCGACAAUCAAAUUGUUUAUUAUUACUCCUCGAUCAAGCAGAAUGGACACAAGAAAAGAGGUUCCACGGAUACAAAAGAGGCGCGUGCCUUUGCGAAGGAGCAAAAGAAUGAACAGUUAAGGCAGAUUGGACUUGCUCAGGGCAUGGUAGAAUUUGGGAGAAGCUUUUCUGAGGGUAAAUCUGUGGAUACUAUAGAGACUGAGAAAUCUCGCAUUAUUCUUCAUGAGUUGGAAUCUGGCUGGUGGAUAUUGGCUUCAAUCAACCUCACGAUCCUGCCAGGCACAACAAAGAUACCAGCUGCUAAAGGCAAAUCUGCUGAAGAACAUGAAACCAUCGAAUAUUCCUCUCGAGAAGUUAAACCCGCGAUACUACUCCUCGGCGAUAUUCUACGAGCACACUCAACCUUCCUCCUUCAUCAUUCCUCUUCGAUGAGUGCACUCUUUGUUCGAACAAAACGUUCCAAAUUUGUGAGCAUUCUGGGUAGAUAUUGGGAUACAUAUUUCUUGACAUGGAAUGUGCUUAUGCAUGGUAACCCCGCGAACAAUCUAUAUGGUGGAAUAAAAGUUGCUGCAUGUGGAGAACUUGGGGUUGGAGUUGGCGAAGAAGAACGAGGCAGUGGGGAAAGAGAAGUUCUUGAAGGGUUCGUUGGACGGAUGGAUGGGCUCGUGGAUGUGAUAGUUUCCAGAUUUGGAGACGCACAAUCGAAUUCGAAAGACGAUACCGGCAAAGGAUUCACGGAACAACGGCCGAAACAAUCUGCCCCUUGGCUAGGUUCUGGUAACGAGCCCGCGACAGAAGAUGGCGCAAUUUUCCUUGGUACUGGAGCUUUGUCGAGAAAAUCGCUAAGGGAUGUCUCACAUUGGGUUGAGGAUCUCUAUAAAUGGGGUCCAUAUGCUUAUGGAUUACUGGACAAUCCUACUUCUGCUCGCCGCGCAAAGAAGCAAAGUAGGCCUAGGCCAAGACGUGACCAGCAACUUGGGAAUACGAAAAAUGCUGCUCGACCAACGUCCAGUCUAAGUAAAGAGGUCCCAAUUCAUGAUGGACCUCAUGAUGGAUCUCAUGACGGACCUGGGCCUAGUGGACCAUCAAAUAUUAGUACAGGCGAACCUAGCCCAUUGGUGGAAGAAAAUAGUGAGAGUGAUGGACCUAAAUCUCAAUUCAUGCAACCACCUCCAGCGUUCCGUAGAAAAUCCGUAAGCCAUACUAGUAUUGAAGGCACUGAAGGUACGGAUGGCGAAUCAACGAGUCGGACAAUUGCGCAAUACUUGAAAUUCGGUUACGGAACUCAUUGGUCUUUGGGUGGAACUUCUGCAAAAGAACAAAGCAAUUCCCAAAGUGCCUCAGCUCCCUCCAUUCCUUCUAUCGAUGGUACCACCGAAGCAACUGGGAGAUCGACACUUAUACCUGAAUUUGAUGACUCCAAAGGUCAUUAUUUAGUAGGUCUAUUGGGUGACAUUGAGACUGAAAUGGAUCUACCUAUGGAUCCCAAUGUUGAAAACGAGGAUUCCGAAGAUCAAAAUCAUCGACUUGUGCUUCGUACAUUAACAGUUGAAUUGGAACGUGAAGGGGAUGCUCGUCAAGAAGCUGAUAUCAGCAUUGAUUAUUCCGACUUUAACCCAUCAUAUAGACCCACCAGUGGUUCGGAGCAUACGGCCACCUCUAACGCGUCAUUCGAAAGUCAAGAUCGAAAUAAAACGAAAAAAUUAAGGGUCGUGGCUUAUGCAAGGAAACCUUUCAUCUUCGUAUUCCUCUUUGAAUUACGAGCAGAUUCCCUCGCAUUAGAAGGUUUUUAUCAAUAUCUCCAUAAACAACUUGAAUCCCUCAUCAAACCCCUUCUCAAAUCUACAUCUUUUCGUGCACCCAAACCCGAUAUUCCCAUUUCUCCUCUAGCGAAUAUCAACAAUCCAACAGCUCCCAUUUACGAUCUCCUCUGGGACCCCAAAACUCUAACCCUCAACUCAAAUAUCCCCAAUAUUCCCGAUCCUCAACAAGUUCAAACACAAGAACAAAUAGAUCGUCUCCCCUGGUCACGUAUCGAAGCCCUCAACACUCAUCUCCAAAUCCUUCAUACAUACAUCGCAACCACAACUGAUAAAAAUACCAUGGAACGUACAGCCAAAACAUCAAGAGGUUAUUGGAUUCUCUGGACACGAAUUCCGUCGCCUACGGAUUUAGUCUCGACUACAACAUCAAAUGUCAAGGUACCAACUCUGAUACCCGAAAAUUCAGCAGAAAGUCAGACAAGUAGGUCAUUUAAGGGGGAAACGAGUGAUAAGGGGAGGAUAGAUAAGGACGAGAAGAGCAAAGCUAUUAGUACGACGCAAACUGGGGGUACAGGGUUCAGUGGGCCUGCACAUCCGUUCUUGGACACAGAGGCGGGGGAAAGAGAGGGGGUGGAAAAAAAUCAUGAUAAAGAGAUUUUUCUAAUAAGGAGAGCGAGUGAUUAUGUGGAGUCUGGGGGGCAAGGUAGGGGUUAUGGGUAUGGAUAUGGAUAUACUGGGGGAUGGAUGGGUGGUGUGGGAGGGGGGAAUGCAGGAGGAGUAGGGACUGGGGAUGCGGGGUGGGGGGCUGCUGGGUUGGGUUUGGAUACUAAGAGGUAUAUUGAGGGUUUGUUGAGUUUAAAUCGAUAG